UCUCUCUCUCUCUCUCUGUCUCCAUAUACAUACGCGGUGAUCAUGACAGUCAACAAUGGGCUGAUCGUGAGCUUCGGCGAGAUGCUAAUCGACUUCGUGCCGACGGUGUCCGGCGUGUCUCUGGCGGAGGCGCCGGGAUUCCUGAACGCGCCGGGAGGGGCGCCGGCCAACGUGGCGAUCGCCGUCGCGAGGCUCGGCGGGAAAGCGGCCUUCGUCGGGAAGCUCGGGGACGACGAGUUCGGCCACAUGUUGGCCGGGAUAUUGAAGCAGAACGGUGUCUCCGGCCAAGGAAUCCUGUUUGACCAGGGCGCCAGGACGGCGCUGGCGUUCGUGACCCUACGCGCCGACGGAGAGCGCGAGUUCAUGUUUUACAGGAAUCCUAGCGCGGACAUGUUGUUGACCCCUGACGAACUCAACCUUGAGCUUAUUAGAUCUGCCAAUGUUUUCCACUAUGGUUCAAUAAGCUUGAUCGUGGAGCCCUGCAGAUCGGCUCACUUAAGGGCCAUGGAGGUGGCGAAGGAAGCCGGCGCCUUGCUAUCUUACGAUCCCAACCUCCGGCUGCCAUUAUGGCCUUCCGCGGAGGAGGCCCGGACGCAGAUCAUGAGCAUUUGGGACAAGGCGGAGGUGAUCAAGGUCAGCGACAUCGAGCUCGAAUUCCUCACGGGGAGCGAUAAGAUCGACGACGAGUCGGCCUUGUCCCUCUGGCAUGACAAUUUGAAGCUCCUUCUGGUGACUCUUGGUGAGAAGGGAUGCAGUUACUAUACUAAGAAUUUCCGCGGUACUGUGGACGGAUUCCAUGUCAAAUCAGUGGAUACAACCGGUGCCGGUGAUUCAUUCGUCGGGGCUCUCCUCUGCAAGAUUGUCGCCGACCGAUCCGUGCUUGAAGAGGAAGCAAAGUUGAGGGAAGUGCUGAGAUUUGCAAAUGCAUGUGGAGCCAUCACCACCACCAAGAAAGGAGCCAUUCCAGCUCUCCCAACCGAACCUGAAGUCCUCACCCUCGUCAAAGGGAAAUAGAACAAUAAAAUAUUUUCCAUUUUUUU